AUGAAGUUCCGGCUGAGACGUCCGCUGCUGCUGGCGGUGUUCUUUAUCAUAGUGAUCGUUGCCGACGAGGUACGAUGUGACGAGGACCCGGCGACGGUCAAACCGGUCAAGAGAAAAAGCAAGAAAAGCAAAGUGAAAAAACUGGCCGUGAAAAACCUGAAGAAGCCACGUGAUCGACCUCAAGCUGAUCGACCACAAGCGCAAGCUCCGGAAUACGACUCGGCGUACGAUUACGGUGACAACUACGACUACGAACCGGAUCAGGAUUAUGACGCGGAGAACGCUCCUGGAGGACGUAACCAGAAUCCUGGCUUCCGUCAACCGGAUGACGAAGUUCCGCGAGCCGCAGCCACAACGACAACCACCACUACAACACGGGCACCGGAACCGGAAUCGAUCGUACAACCGUUCACGUGCUACCACGAGGGCAAAUGGUACCGUGAAGCGGAAGUCUUCCAAGCCGACUACCAAGGUUGUGCCACGUGUCGCUGUCGAAAUGGUUCGAUCCAGUGUGAUAAAGCGGAUUGUCCGCGUGUCCUUCCAACGACCACGACAACCACCACGACGACUACCACAACCACGGAAAAACCAGAGUUCGAUGCAGCGGCCGUUGGUAAUCGACUUCCGAAUGCGUCUCCUGGUGAACCAGGACUUCAAGGUGAAGCGGGUCAGCCAGGAAUUCCGGGCACUCCGGGUAUUCCCGGUCCACCCGGUCCACCAGGACCAGCACCAGAUCUCUCUUUCUACACGCAGCAGCUUCAGGACUCCAUGGGUGGUGCCGACAAAGGUCCUGGACCGGAGAACUUCCAGUUUAUGCAGGCCCAAGUUGGCCCAGUUGGACCACGAGGACCUCCCGGUCCGAGUGGUGCCACAGGUCCUCAAGGUUUUCAGGGAUCUCGGGGUGAACCGGGUGAACCAGGACCACCAGGUGUUGGAGGUCCUGCAGGACCUCGAGGACUUCCGGGACCUCCGGGAAAGGAUGGGGCCGCCGGUGAUGAUGGAGAACUCGGCCCACAAGGACCGGUAGGAUUGCCAGGACCACGCGGUUUACCGGGUAUGCCGGGAGUGCCGGGUCUUAAAGGACACCAGGGCUUACCGGGACCCGAGGGCAUGAAGGGUGAAACGGGAGCCGUCGGUGAAAAGGGCUCGGUUGGAGCCACUGGACCAGCGGGUGUGCCAGGAGCGGUGGGACCUGCAGGACCUCGAGGAGAACGAGGCCGUGAAGGGCCUCCUGGACCAGCUGGCUUGCGAGGCAUCGAUGGAAUAGCAGGACCACCGGGACCUCCGGGUCCUGUAGGAAAGCCUGGUUCGCCAGGAUUCCCUGGCAGCAACGGAGCCAAGGGUGACAUGGGAGCGGCCGGACCCAAAGGUAGUCAGGGUCCUCAAGGUCCUCGAGGUGAGUCCGGUCGACCAGGGCAACCAGGAGAGCCUGGCCUUAACGGACCACCGGGUAAGGAUGGUGUUUCCGGUGAAAAAGGCAGCCCAGGAUCACCCGGAAUUGCAGGACCUCCUGGGUUCCCAGGACCUCGAGGAUCUCCGGGAGCGAACGGUAGUCCUGGUGAUUCGGGUGCCAAAGGCGAGCCAGGUCUACCAGGUGAACGCGGUUAUAAGGGUGAAUCGGGCAUCAAGGGCGAAGCAGGCGUUCCCGGCCCUCGAGGACUUCCGGGAGCAGUUGGACCCGAGGGAAAACGAGGCAAACGAGGCAUGAAAGGUCCCACAGGACUUUCGGGACCUCAGGGCGAACGUGGGCUGCCAGGAUCCCCAGGAUUACCCGGUCCGGAUGGAGCGCAAGGUGUGAAGGGUCAAUCGGGUGAUCGUGGAGCAACUGGUGGUCAAGGACCGAAAGGAUCAAGCGGAGAUCCAGGACCACCAGGGGCACCAGGCAUUCAGGGUUUGCGAGGACAACCGGGUCGUCCGGGAGCGCAAGGAAAGGCCGGAACGCCAGGAGACCGUGGAUUACCCGGAGCUGAUGGAAAGGUUGGCGAGUCGGGUCCGCAAGGAUUGCAAGGACUCCCUGGACCGAUGGGUCUACCCGGUGACAAAGGCUUCACGGGUGAAGCGGGCAAGGAUGGGGACAUCGGACCACCGGGUCCUGUAGGUCCUCGAGGUGACGCAGGCAAGGAUGGACCACCGGGCAUCUCAGGACCUCCGGGACCGCCAGGAAAUGAUGGUGAUCGUGGUCCACCGGGAACUCCGGGUCCACGUGGAUUCCAAGGACUCCCAGGAACAUCGGGAAAUCCGGGUGCUCAAGGAAAAGACGGUCAGAAUGGACCACCAGGACCACCAGGACCGGCUGGACAGCCAGGAAUCCGAGGUGAACGAGGAUUUCCAGGAGAGCGAGGACCCGUGGGUACGCCAGGAACUCCAGGAGUGCGAGGAGAACCAGGUGCACAAGGAAACGAUGGACCUCCGGGCACUCCGGGGCCGACGGGCAUGAAAGGGCACCAGGGCGCACCGGGAAUGGUGGGUCUUCCGGGUCUUCGAGGACCUCCCGGAUCGGCUGGUGACAAGGGCGAACGAGGCAGUUCCGGUCCACCAGGACCCGAGGGACCAGCCGGGCGUGUUGGUGAACGUGGUCUUCAAGGACCUCUGGGACCUCCAGGACCUCCUGGAGAACCAGCGGAAAAGGGCGAACCAGGCAAUCCGGGCAUUCCUGGUGAACCUGGAGCUCCAGGAGCUGUCGGUGAUCGUGGAGCAGUAGGACCGCAGGGUUUGCAGGGCUUCCCAGGACCACAGGGUCCCGGUGGAUCACCCGGUGCGAAGGGCGAUCGUGGCAACAUGGGCUUAAAGGGCGAACAAGGCAACUCGGGAUUGCCGGGUGUGCCAGGAGAGCCAGGACCUCAGGGUUUGAUCGGAUUGACGGGUGCGAAGGGCGCUCGAGGUGAGCCAGGAUUACGCGGAGAAACCGGAUCAAUGGGAACACCAGGACGACCAGGCGACCAAGGACCAAUUGGCCAAACAGGCAAUCCAGGCGCACCGGGAACGGCGGGCAUGCCAGGACAAAAGGGCAAUCCGGGUGAUUCCGGACGUCCGGGUAAUGCGGGUCCUCCUGGCAUUCCAGGACCUCAAGGAAUGGAAGGACUCAAGGGUGAAGCGGGCAGUGAUGGACCUUCAGGACCACCGGGCAAUCAAGGACCACAGGGCGUACCGGGAGAUCGCGGUCUUCCAGGACUUCCGGGUCCGAGUGGCGCUCAAGGAUCACGUGGAAUGCGUGGAGCCGCGGGAGAACCGGGAACCCCAGGAAAACCCGGAGGUGAUGGCCCUCCGGGAGCUCCAGGACAUCUAGGACCUCCAGGACCACCUGGUCCCACCGGUGACUCGGGUCCGGAAGGACCUCCGGGCAAACAAGGACCACCCGGUAUCGCAGGACGUCCUGGUGACAAAGGCCCACUCGGAAACCCCGGUACACAGGGUACACCUGGUGCACCAGGACUCCCAGGACCUCCAGGACCUCAGGGAGCGAUUGGACAAACGGGCGACCGAGGACUACGAGGUGAAACGGGACCUCAGGGUGUGGAUGGACCGACGGGACCUCGUGGAAAACCCGGCCCACCAGGACUGGAAGGACCCAAGGGCGAAAACGGAGAGCCAGGACUCAAGGGAACAAAAGGUCACCGAGGGUUGAUUGGAUUGCAAGGACUGCCAGGUCCCGCUGGUCCGCCCGGAGACAAGGGUAACGUGGGUAAUGAAGGACCUUCAGGAAAACCAGGCGAAGCAGGACCUCGAGGACCUCCGGGUCGCGAUGGUUCCCCAGGAUUGCAAGGCUCACUGGGUAUGGCCGGUCCUCGAGGACCUCCCGGAAGUGAUGGCAAGAACGGUCUGUCAGGUCCUCCAGGACCUCCAGGACCACCAGGACCUCCAGGCGAUGGUGUGGGCUAUGAUGCUGCCGCUUUAGCCGCUCUUCUCGGUCACGGACAGAUGAACAAUGUGAAAGGUCCGGACCCGAAUCAGGGCGAUGAACCGAUGAACCUUGGACGUGUGUUUGAACUGACAGACGAAGAACGUCAACGGCUGGUUGAGAACGCCUACGAGAAGCUCAAAUCAGCCUUCGCUACCUUCAAAAAGCCAGAUGGAAAGCAAACCUCACCGGCAAAGACCUGUCGGGAUCUGUUCGCGGCCCAUCCCGAGUUCGCUUCGGGCCAUUAUUGGAUCGAUCCGAAUGAGGGUGAUGCACGUGACGCGAUCCUCGUGUAUUGUGACGCCUCACGGAAGGCUUCUUGUGUCCUGCCACAACCGGUUCGUACUCGGGAGCUUCAGUACGCCGGAGAUGAACCGGAAGUGUGGUUAGGUGAGCUGAAGGACGGCCUCAAACUAAGCUACAAAUCGGACAGCAAUCAGAUCGGCUUCUUGCAGCUGUUAUCAGCGAGUGCCUCACAAAAUCUAACAUACCACUGUCGAAACAGUGCGGCUUAUUUCGAUGAAUCGCUGGGUGAUUUCCGAUCGAGUUUGAAGCUACUCGCGUGGAAUGAUGCCGAACUGACGGCUCGAGGACCUCAACGGUUGCGUUACGAGGCGCUGGAGGAUGGAUGCAGGCAGAGGGCACCCCACUACGCCCACACCAUCCUCAGUUAUCGCACCGACAAACCAGGACGAUUGCCGUUCGUCGAUGUUGCGAUUCGGGACGUUGGCAAACCGGAUCAGCAGUUCUGGAUCGAGAUCGGAGCCGUUUGCUUCGAGUGAU